AUGGUAGAUCUUAUUGAAAGUAACUGGACCAAUCCAUUUAGCAAUUACCAGCCCCUCUUAAGUAUUUCCAUGAGUGCCACUGCUUCUCCCGAAAUUGAACUUGACCUAAGCAGAGCAUACCUAGUCGGGGAGACCGCCUACCAACAAUUCAAAAAGGAACACCUUGAGCUGGAGAAACCACCAGUAACUUUCCAUCAUACACUGACAAAGCAAAAGUUAAAGACCUUCAGUGAUCAUAAUAAAACGAAAAAGUUGAAGCAGAGCAAAGGCAACAAGACAGUACUCCAUGCUGAUCGAAAUUUGUUUGCACAAAUGAUGAUCAUCGCCAAAAGUCGACAGCUUCAGAUGCAGGAGGUUCUUUGCCAUCCUCUUGGACCCCUUCCUGCCUCUCUUGCAACAAGCAAUAACUUGCCACGAAAGACAAACAAAGCACAACUUGGAAGGGAGUUAGAGAAACUGGUUCAGCCAACAGUGGUUGUUCCAACCCCAUCGGCCUACCUGAUAGACGGUAUGUCAUUAAUUCAGAAACUGUAG